GAAGCCCGCGCGCUCAGGGGCAGCAGCGAGAGCGGAGCAGGCGGGAGCGGCGCUUGCUUUGCCUUGCUGGAUUUGGGGAUCUCCGGCUGGGCAGGGGGGGGAGGGGGCGGAGAGAGAGGGAAGCCAGGAUUCUCCUCGCCAAGGGGGGUUCAGAGCGCUGGAUCGAGGAGGAGGAUGGAGCCUGUGACCAAGUGGAGCCCUAAGCAAGUAGUGGAGUGGACGAAGGGGUUGGAUGAUUGCUUGCAGCAGUAUGUCCAAAAAAUUGAACGUGAGAAGAUAAACGGUGCUCAGCUACUACAGAUUUCUCACCAGGAUCUUGAAGAGUUGGGUAUCACCCGGAUUGGACACCAGGAGCUCGUUUUAGAGGCCGUGGAUCUCCUCUGUGCACUGAAUUAUGGUCUUGAAACGGACAACAUGAAGAACUUGCUUCUUAAGCUACGAGCUUCUUCCAACAAUCUGCAAAACUACAUUGGCAGCCGGAGGAGAAGUUCAAAUUAUGAUGGAAAUACCUCACGCAAGCCUCCUAAUGAAUUCCUUACUUCAGUGGUGGAGCUUAUUGGUGCUGCUAAGGCUUUGCUGACAUGGCUGGACAGGACGCCGUUUACAGGGAUAGCUGACUUUUCUGUCACAAAGAACAAAAUCAUUCAGCUCUGCUUGGAUCUUACCACCACUGUUCAGAAGGACUGUCCUGUGUCUGAAAUGGAAGAUAAAGUUCUCAGUGUAUCCAAGGUUCUAAAUGGAAUUUGCGAUAAGACAAUCCGAUCUACAACUGAUCCGUUGAUGAGCCAGGGUGCGUGUCUCGAGGAGGUUCAUUUAACUAACAUCAAACCUGGGGAAGGCCUGGGAAUGUAUAUAAAAUCUACUUACGAUGGAUUGCAUGUUGUUACUGGAACAACAGAAAACUCACCGGCUGAUAGGUCUCAGAAAAUUCAUGCAGGCGAUGAAGUGAUCCAGGUGAAUCGCCAGACUGUGGUGGGAUGGCAGCUGAAGAACCUUGUCAGGAAGCUUCGUGAGAAUCCUUCUGGCGUUACUCUAUUAGUGAAGAAACGCCAUACAGGAUCUUUUAAUUUUACUCCUGCGCCACUCAAAAACCUAAGGUGGAAACCUCCACUUGUUCAGACCAGCCCACCUGCAACUACUACCCAGUCACCUGAAAGCACCAUGGAUGCUUCCCUGAAGAAAGAGAAACCAGCCAUUCUGGACCUUUACAUACCUCCACCACCAUCUAUUCCAUAUGCCCCUCGGGAUGAGAAGGGAAGUUUUGUAUAUGCAGGAGGCAGCAAACCUAAACAACCCCUACCUGGUUCCAAAGGUGCAGAAUCUCCCAAUUCCUUCCUGGAUCAGGAAUGCAGGAGGCGAAGGUUUACACUUACCGAUUCCGACCCAUUGCCUGGCUAUUCCAUGGAAGCAAAUAUUUUUCCUGCAAAGAUGAGGGAAAAAACACAAUCCUAUGGAAAGCCUCGUCCAUUGUCUAUGCCUGCAGAUGGAAACUGGCUGGGAGGUGUAGAACCUUUCUCUAGGCCCCGAGCAAUGGGGAGAAAAGGUGAAAAUGCCCUCUGCCGGUACUUCAGCAAUGAGAGAAUCCCGCCCAUCAUUGAAGAAAGUUCCCCACUUCAGCAUCCGUUUUCCAGGCCUGUGGCGGAAAGGCAGCUAGUGAGGGGUGCAGACUACAUCAGGGGGAGCAGGUGUUUUGUUAAUGUGGAUCUUCACAACAGUGCGACGAUCCCGUUCCAGGAGGAUGGAGCCAAGAAGCCCCCGGUGACCUCCACGAAAUCCUCCUCCACAGAGCGCUCCCUGCUGGUCAGCUGGAUUACGAGACUCAAGUUAUUGACUCACUGAGUUAACUGGCUGUGUUAUGACUUUCUAGGGUAUUUGAUAUUAAGUGCCUUUUCUUCCCCUCCACCUUCAAAUGGUUUUGCAGUACCCACAGAGUUUUUGCAUUUUAUUUUAUUUUCUCCCCCCUGGAUAAGCUUGCCCUUUCCCCAAUGUUUCUGUCACGAGAGUCACUGGAGUUGGAGAGAGGAGGGGGUCUGUUUAAGGGGGAGCAGGAGGAGAGAGAUCGCAAGAUGUAGCAUUUUUCCACCUGUCCAAGGGUGGAGGGGAAUUCAGUCCUCUGGAGAAAAACCGAUCAGGCUCGAGUGAUUCAGAGGUCACUGCUGACCUGAAAUCCGCAUGACCCACGCAGACGCAAUCUCUGCAUUGUAAUGAGGCCUGGUGGCACUUCAUUUGCUACGAGACUCUGAUGCUGUGCAACCUACUGGAUCUGCAGACUAUGUAGCACUCAGCAAAAAAUGGAUUCCUGCGCUGCAAUACUGACCAAGAAGGAAGAAAAGGGGAGGUUCCCCCCCCCCAUCUGUUUUAAGCAACGUGGUGGCAGUGCAAGUGACUGGAGACGACUCAACUGUUGUCAGGAAUAAAAUGCAGUUUCUUCCUUUGUUCUGAUUAGUUACAAACGUGAGGCUGUUUUGGUUGAUCCUCCAGUUAUUAAAAUCUUAGUACAGUUAAA